ACGGGGAAGCGCAGCGGCGUCAGUGCGCAUGCGCGCAUGGCUGUACUACUGUCUGCAUUUCCUGUUGAUGCUCUUCUCACGCGCGGUCAUGGCGCUGCUCACAGCGGUUUUCUCCUGUCUUCUCUUCAGUCCGGUGGUGCUGUCUUUGGUGCAGGAUCUCGAUGACAAGUUUAAAGACAACAGAAUGGAUGACGUCUGGCUGGUGGAUUUUUACGCACCGUGGUGUGGAUACUGCAAGAAGCUGGAGCCGAUAUGGCAGGAGGUCGGAGCCGAACUGACGCGCUCGGGGUCGCCGGUACGAGUCGGUAAAAUGGACGCCACUGCAUAUUCAGGUAUGGCCUCGGAGUUUGGCGUGCGAGGAUACCCCACCAUAAAACUGCUGAAGGGCGAGCUGGCUUAUAAUUACAAAGGACCGAGAACCAAAGAUGACAUAAUCGAGUUCGCCAACAGAGUGGCUGGACCGGCGGUGCGAUCCCUCCCGAGCAGACAGAUGUUUGAGCACGUGUUGAAGAGGCACAGUGUGCUGUUUCUGUAUGUUGGAGGGGAAUCUCCUCUUAAAGAGAAGUACAUCGAGGUGGCGUCUGAGCUCAUUGUCUACACGUAUUUCUUCUCUGCGUCUGAAGACGUCUUAACGGAGUCCGUGACUCUGUCUGAAUUGCCUUCGGUGGUCGUCUUCAAAGACGGAACCUAUUUCACGUAUGAUGAGUAUGAAGACGGCAGCUUGUCAUCCUGGGUAAAUCGUGAGCGCUUCCAGAGUUACCUGCCGAUCGAUGGCUUCACGCUGUAUGAGCUGGGAGAAACCGGUAAAUUGGUGGCGAUUGCCGUUACUGACGAGAAAGAUCCAACAGAGCAAAGCACCAGGUUAAAGGGUCUGAUCCAGAAAGUGGCUGCGGAGCACAGGGAUCAGUUCAACAGGGAUUUCCAGUUCGGCCACAUGGACGGUAAUGACUACAUCAACAGCCUGAUCAUGAGUGAGGUUUCCGUGCCCGGCAUCAUCAUCCUCAACACCUCAAACGAGCAGUACUUCCUGCCGGACGAACCGCUGGAGAAUCUUCAGCAGAUGCUGCAAUUCUUCAACAGUGUUCUGGACGGCAGCGCUCCGGCUUAUGGAGGAGAUGGAAUAUUCCAGAGAAUCAAGCGUGUAGCGUUUGAUGCCAGAUCCACAAUAAUGUCGGUGUUCCGCAGCUCUCCGCUGCUCGCCUGCUUCCUCUUCGGCCUGCCGUUGGGCGUCAUCAGCCUCAUGUGCUACGGCAUCUGCACCGCCGAGUCUGACGACGGGACGGAGGACAUGGAGCUGAUGAAGAGAGACGGCUUCACGGAUGAAGAGGAAGAGGAGGGUGAGGAGGAAGAGCAGCAGCGACUAACAGCUGGACCAGAAAACGCAGAAGAAGAGGGCGAAAAGAUUCAACAAAAGAAUCCAAGUGAAAAAAAGGUUGAUUAACGAAGGUGGAGAAACAAACGGAGAGAGAGAGCAAGCGCCUCAGAAGAGGAGACGAUGGCCUAGAAUUUUUUUCACUGGUUUUCAUGGGAUUAUUUUCAUUUUCCCAUUUCUUUAUUUUCAGAAUUUCCCUAAAUGUCCGUCAAAUUCUACGUUUUGAUUGCGACAACUUGGAGACGAGCAGUGGAGCUCCACGUAUGCACAUGGACAGAAAACAAAUACUGUUUUAAAGUCAAGUGACAGUAGUCCUUUGUGCUUAUUAAUAAUCAUUAUUGUGCCCUUAUGAUCCGUGUCCUUCAGUCACUUUGUAAAUCUUGAAACGGUUGAAACUUGAGAAAACGAUUGAUAUAUGAAUGGACACAUCUUUAUUUUGUUUUUUCAAUGAGAAAGUGCAGUUAUUGUUGUAUCAAAGACUUGAUCUACAGAGGAUUGUCUUACAUAAAAUUAAUUGCCAUUUUCAUAAAAUAAUGACCACACAUCCAUGCUUUUUCCUGCUCUCUACAUGAAGGUAAUCUGACCGAUUACCAGAAGGUUUCAAAGUUACUUGGAAAUCUAAUCUAGCGGCGAUGAACUUGGUAAGAGCUUGUUUAUUUCUCAGUUGAGUGAUGAACAAAGGCUUGAUUUUGAUCAUAUGCACUGAACACAUUAACAGCAAGAUUAGGUUAACUCUUUAGUCUGGACCCUGGAACAAAUCAAACGUGGACUUUCCUUCUGUAGGGUGCUAUUCAACAUUUUAAUGCAAGCAAUGUCAGUGUAUGUGUUUUAUAGAUAGAAAAGGCUUUAUAUGUCAGCUGUUCUCAGCACUGAAUACCAACAUUUCCUCAGAAACUGUUUAUUGCAUUCAUGAAAGUGAAGAUUUUUUCUUCAGCAGAUCACUUCUCACCGUUUUCAGUGUGUGUGUGACAAAAUACAGUCCAGGGAGACGGAUGGAGCGGAGCUCUUGUUACAAGUUUUUUGCCAAUUUGUGUGUGUGUGAGAGAGAAAGAAAUAGAGAUAGAGAUGCAGGUCAGGCCGCUGAUCUCUCUCUCGCACACACACACACACACACACUUUUACAAGGUGGCAUUUGCAGUUUGAGCCAAAGCUGUUGUUACACAAGAACAUUCACUUGUAUCUGGACGCUCAACAUGAAGCGUCGCAGCCUGUAGUAACGAACUAAUGUUGACGUCUCUGCUAACUUCGCCUUCACAUUCCCUUCAAUGCCUGUUGUUACUGUUAGGGAUUCUCAUAUUAUGACAGAUCAGUUGUCUUAUUGUUUGUGCUGUGUUCAUUAAAUGUUUCUUUGUCUCUC